CUCUUGACGCUUGCGCAGGAGAGCCGCCCGGGCCGUUUCCUCCGCCUUCCGGGCGUUUCUCUUCGGACACGGACGCUGGGCCGGAAGAGGAUGGCGGCGGCCGCUCUGAAGAGGUUUUGGUCCCGAAACCGUGAAACUCCCGCGGGCCCGGCGGCCGCGAAGCUUGGCGUGUGGGCGCGGUUGGGCUCCUGGGCCCGCGUGCUGCUCCGAGACUACGCCGAGGCCUGCGGGGACGCGGCGGCGGCGGCGCGGGCCCGGCCCGGGCGGGCGGCCGCGUACGUGGGGCUGCUGGGCGGCGCGGCGGCCUGCUGCGCGCUGGCGCCGGGCGAGGCGGCUUUCGAGGCGGCGCUGCUCGACGCGUCGGGGACGCUCCUGCUGCUGGCGCCGGCCACGCGCAGCCGCGCCGCCGAGGCGCACGUGCAGCGGCUGCUGUGGCUGCGGGGCCGCGGCCGCCUCCGCCACGUGAGCCUGGGCCUGUGCUCGCUCGUGUACGAGGCGCCCGUGGACGCGCAGGCCAGCCUCUACCAGGCCCGCUGCCGCCACCUGCAGCCCCGCUGGGCCGACUUCCCGGCCCGCGUCCUGGACGUGGGCUUCGCCGGUCGCUGGUGGGUGCUGGCCGCGCGCAUGCACGACUGCGACGUUAACGACGACGAGUUCCUCCACCUGCCGGCCCACUUGCGCGUCGUCGGGCCGCAGCAGCUGCGCUCCGAGGCCAACGAGCGGCUCUUCGACGAGAAGUACAGGCCCGUGGUGCUCACCGACGACCAGGUGGACCAGGCGCUGUGGGAGGAGCAGGUCUUGCAGAAGGAGAAGAAGGACAGGCUCGCCCUGAGCCAGGCUGACUCCCUGGUGCGGCCCGAGGCGCCCCGCUGAACACCGCCCCCGCCCCAAUCAGGGUCGGGUCUGGGCUCUGAGCCCCCCACCCGCUGACGGACUCGUGACUCGUGUGCCCUGUCCGCCGCUGCAAGGGGAGUAAGUGACAUGCAGGGCGCUCCCUGGGCUCUCGGCACCUGUCUGGCCGCUCCCCGUCCCUACCCCCCCCCGCCCUUGUUCCUUGUCAGAGCGCACGGAAGGACACUGCCAGCCUUGGCAAUGAGCCCCGCGUGUCAAUGAGCUUUUCUCGCGGAGCCUCACCGCCCCUCGACGGAGCGGUCCUAUUUAUUAGGUGUUUUCAGUGCUCUCCGAAGAGUAUUCAGAUUUUUAAGUUCGGCCAUAUUCGCCCUUGUUUCAUGUUCAUGAUUCGCGUUUUUAAUUAUUUGAAGUUAAAGUUAAAAAGUUGAUAGUCUCAGACGAAAGUGGAGAAACACCCCAGGCAUCCUGGGUACCCUUCCCCCAGCGGAGCCCAAAUGGAGCUUCCAGGAGGAGGACUACAGACUUUACGGGGCAGCUUUUUGCAAUAAACAACCUGCUUUUACAACCAGGGACAGUGCUGGCAAAGUGACCCGGAAGGGGAAGACAUUUAGAAUUAUCCAUAGGUCCUGUUUGUAUUUCAGAAACCCUGAAAACCCAGCGUCCUAUGGAACGGGAGGUGUUAGGGUACAAAGCGGGUACUUAGGUUACGAAAAUUCUGCUUUAAAAACUAAUAGAGGAACGAGACUACCUCUGUCACCUAAGUGGCCUGUGGCUAGGGUAAUAAAACUGUGAGAUGAAACAAUCA